UCUGCAGUGGGGCAAGCGAAAAAUCAGAAUUAUGAGAAUCUUGGACGACUAUGUGGUUCAUAUUUACCAUAAUUGAAUGAGCUCAACACGUUGUGAUGGCAUAUUCUUUUACUAACUAUAAUUGAAUGAGCUCAGGCACGGUGUACCUCCCUCAACGGAAUGUUAGUCCUCGUAUGUUGAAAGUUCAUCCCUUCUGCUCUUGCGCGCAGUACAAGCAGGAAGAUAAAGGUUGUGUGAGUGAACAAGAAGGAGCGUAUCUCGUUUUUGAGGACGGCAGC